AUGGACGACAAAAGUGAUUAUGAGGCUCUGACGAAACGAGGGCGGCUGGUUGUCACGUUGCAAACCUGGGACCAUCUUGCCGCUCACGUGAUCACAUCGCAGUACAAGGACAGGGACUCUCAGCAGGUUGGGCCCUCUCCUCCUGGAGGAGCCUUUGCUAGAAAGCGGUACCAGCUCAUGUGUCAGUUGGUUGGAUAUCCUACUACUCAGCAGUUUGAUCAGCCGAUCGAAAAAAGUGCUCAGGAUGCCAGUGAUGACGAUGUUCCAGACAGCGAGGAGGAUUUGGCCAUGACGUGGGACUGA